UAGGCCCGCGGGCCCCUUCCCACCACAGACCCCGCCCCGCGCCCACGCGAUCCCGCGUCCCCGGUCCAGUCCUCGCGCCAGGAGUUCCCGCGCCCACCCGUCCCCAACAGGCCCCGCCCGCGUGCGAUCCCUCCCGGAAGCGCCGGCGGAGCGUCCUCGCAUGGAGCGCCCUCGCAUGGAGCGCGAGCCCAGCGCCUCGGAGGCCGCCCCCGUGGCGGCCGCGCUCUUCGCCUGGGGUGCAAACAGUUAUGGGCAGCUUGGCCUUGGCCAUAAGGAAGAUGUGCUAUUGCCCCAGCAACUGAAUGAUUUCUGUAAACCCAGGUGUAUCAGGAGGAUCACAGGAGGAGGGGGCCAUUCUGCAAUUGUCACAGAUGAAGGGGACCUCUUUGUUUGUGGCCUGAACAAAGAUGGGCAACUGGGGCUUGGUCACACAGAGGAUGUCCCAUAUUUUACUCCCUGCAAAUCCCUCCUUGGCUGUCCCAUCCAACAGGUGGCCUGUGGCUGGGAUUUUACCAUUAUACUCAUUGAAAAUGGUCAAGUUCUAUCAUGUGGAUCCAACUCCUUUGGCCAGUUAGGAGCUCCUCAUGGACCUCGAAGAUGUGUGGUUCCCCAGGCCAUUGAGCUCCAUGAAGAGAAGAUUGUUUGUAUUGCUGCUGGACUGAGGCAUGCAUUAGCUGCUACAGUGAGUGGCAUCGUGUUCCAGUGGGGGACUGGUUUGGCAUCAUGUGGACGACGGUUGCGCCCUGGGCAGACUCUUCCACUAUUUUUCACAGCAAAGGAACCGAGCAGAGUGACAGGUCUAGAGAAUUCUAAAGCAAUGUGUGUUAUUGCUGGCUCAGACCACUCAGCUUCGUUAACAGAUGCUGGAGAGGUGUAUGUUUGGGGAAGCAACAAGCAUGGGCAACUGGCUACUGAGGCUGCUUUCCUUACUGUGCCUCAGAAAAUAGAAGCACAUUGUUUCCAGAAUGAAAAGGUCACUGCCGUCUGGAGUGGGUGGACACACCUGGUUGCUCAGACAGAAACUGGGAACGUGUUUACCUGGGGCCGAGCAGACUAUGGUCAACUAGGGAGGAAGUUGGAGACUUAUGAAGGCUGGAAACUAGAAAAGCAAGAUUCAUUUCUCCCCUGUUCAAGACCACCGAACAGCAUGCCUUCAUCUCUGCAUUGCUUAACUGGAGCUACUAAGCUACUGCCCCAGCUACCAGCUAGAGGAGUCACUCCCGACAACUAUUUCAAGGUCUCAUGUGGCUCAGAGCAUAAUUUGGCAGUAAUUGUGCCUGGGACCUGGCUUAUAGACUGCUGAAUGAAUGGUUUCAGAGUCAGGAAAGGUGAGUGUAGUCACCGGGCUCUGCACAUACGUAACUGCCUGCCAGCUGGGAGCAAGAGGCUCUCCAUCACUGGAGGAAUGAGGUCCUUAGUGGGUGCCCUGCAGGGUGCAAGCUUUGUGACAGGAAGCUACAAGAAGCUACCUGUUAGCCCUGGCAGGAGGCCAGCAAGAGACAAGUUGCAGGUGGAGAAGAGUUCCUACUAGCUUAAAGCCAUGUUUCUCCACGGCGUUGAGCUCCUCCCUCAACCCUACUACCUUGGCCUGCUUUAGAGAGAUUUCCCUGCCUUCAGUCUCAUUCCCUGAACUCUAGCCCUUCAGUGCCUGGUGCUAUGUCCCACAUGUAAAAUGCACAAAAUAGUUAUAGAAUAGACUAGAAGAGAAUAUAAAGCAGCCAAACUUUGCCCAAGCAUAGAAGCAACCUUAAUGUCUAAUGAAUGUGUGAGAGAUGAAUCAACUUGGAAAUGGAGGUGAAACAGAAUGGUGAAAGGACACAAUUGAGAACCUACUGUCUUAGGUUAAUGGACGCAACUCAUUGAAAUAUAUUUGUUGUGUGGGAUUAAAUGGGUUAAACAGGUUGCAGAGGUAAGUUGUAGUGCUACCUGAACAAUGGGCUCACUGUCCAGUGUAUAUUAGAAGCGAAUGCUGUGACACUGGCUUUGAGAAAGGAAAAAGCUUUAUUGUGAGUCAGCUGACAAGGAGACAGGGAGGCAACACUAGAUCCAUCUCCCCAGUCUGGGAGUGGGUCAAGCUUUUAUGGCAUUUAAAACUAAUCCCAGGUGAUGCCAGUGAAGCAGGUCAGCCAGGCUGGUGGUGGUAACAAUUAGGUUGCUAAAGCUUUUCUCCUGAGCAUGCCGGGUAACUUUGGCUCUGCAUUACCCAUAACUUAAUAGUGGUUAAUUGGUUUGAGCUGGUCCUACGGUUACAGCAGUAAAUAGUAGAGCUGGCAGCCUGACUUCCAAAAUGCGCCUUCCACCCUAUCAUUUCCUAUGGCCUGAAGCAAUAUGGGUAGUAUGGGUAGCAGUUAAGAAGAGCUCAGGCAUUGGGGUCAGAUUGCCUGGAACCAGAUUCUGCCUCCUACACUUAUGAGUUGUGUAACCUGUGUAAGUGGUUUAACUUCUUUGUGUCUUGAUCACUUCAACUGGGAUAUCAUAUUAUUGCCCUCAUAGGGUUAUUAGGUAAAGUGCUAAGAACAAUGCCUAACACAAAAGUAAAGACUCAGCAAAUGUUAUAUGCUAUUAUUAUUAUUCUAAAUUAAGACAUCAAGGAAGGAAAUAAUUAUAAGAUGACUACAUGAAAGCCUGAGGCAAGGGUAGGAAUCUCAGGAGCUAGAGAAGAAAGUGUCUUUCCCAGCCAGGAUAUCAGGGUCCACAGCAGGAUCUCAGCAUAGCUGCAGGAUGGAUUGUAAGCUGGAGCCUGGGGUUCCCCUCAUUGGGGAUUCUGGACAUCCAAGCAGCCCUGGAAACAGUGCUAGCCCAGGUUUGUUCAAGGACAGGAUUCUGCUAUUCAUUGUCGCAGACAGGGACUCAGGUACUGCAUGUUGCAGCCUGAAGCAAGCCACAUGGAAGCCACAGUUCAGUUUCUUGUGAAGAUGGAAAUUCUACUCUGGUGCUUCUGGGUUUCUUUGUUCCCCUUCUUUUGAAAUUUGGUUUAGUUAUUUCCUUAGUUUUCCAAUUAACUUUCUCUUGACAUGUUUUGUCUUUGCUACCAGGUACCCUCAUGGCUAGACAUGGUGGUGAGGUGGUAUGAGUUCCUGCUUUAGACUAAGGAAGAACUGUUGGAGCUGAGCAUAGAGAGACUCAGGUGACAAUCAGAAAAGAGAGAGACAAGGCCAUUGACCAUAGCUGGCUUGGCCACUCUCAACCUAUGUGCUUUGUACAAUCACUCUGCCUCACUGAGCCUGAUUCCUCAUCUGUAAAAUCGACAUCAUGAUACCCACUCCCAGAUGUUGUUCUUCCCAAUGGCAUAGGUAUGUCAAGUGCAUGCUCAGUACCUGCCAUGUCAUAGGUGCUCAGCAGGUGCUUGUCUACUUGGCUGCUUCACUAGUUCACUUUCUUCCUUUCCACCCAGGAUUUCUUUCCACAUCUGACAAAGCUCACUCAUCAACUCCCGUUUGUGGGCAUAGGCUGAGGUGAAUUGAGGGCAUGUGGCCAUCACUUGCUGAGAAGAUCCCUGCCUUUCAGAGUCGGGGUCCCCAGAUCCAGCUCUGUUUUCAGGCCCCUCACCUCUGUGUCUGGAUGAAUUGGCUCCAGCUGUUGUGCUUCCACCAGGAGCAGGUUAUUUUGGCUUGAAUGGGCAAUUUGUUUGCUUUCUCCCCUGAUGUGCAGUUGUUUUGUCUUCCCUUCCUGCAGAGAAAAAAGCUGACUGCGUUUCCUCUCUCCCUGUUCCACACAGACCCUUGGAAGGAUUUUAUUGGUGGCCUUUUCCUGGAGCACUCAGGCUUGCCAGACAGGCAUUGUUAACGGGUUGGUUAUUGGCAGGAAAGUGUGAUGCCUCCUCCUUCUCCAAGCAGAGCCAGUUCUUUUACUAAAUUGGAGCUAUAAUCUAUGCACAGAUUUUUUUUUUCAUUUCACAGAUAAUUUCCAAUUGUUGAACCAUUCUACCUUUAUAAUAUGUAUGGCAGAACAUCCGACCUUGGCAUGAAACCCAUCAAGCAAUUUCAUGUAAUAAUUUAAUAGCAAAAUAGAGAAAUAACUCUUUUUUGGCACUGGAUAUUCUACUGAGCAGUGAUAUUGCCAACCCUAGGAUCUUGAAGAGAGCUUAGAGGCAGAUAUAAACUUCUAUGUUUCUAUGCACAACGUGAUAGGCAGAAUGUAAAUGCAUUACCAAUCUCAUCCCAUUUAAUCCUCACAGCAAAUUGAUGAGCUGGUACUCUGGUUAAUCCCAUUGUCUAGGUAAGGGAAAAUGAAGCCAAUGGUGAACAAUUUACCCCACCCAGGUCACAAGAAUAGGAAGAAUUUGUGUCAGGUUUUUUACCCAUGCCUCUAAUUUCAGAGCCUGUGAACUACUACCCAAUGCUGCCUUCCUGUAAACUGGUGACAGUCUGGCCUGUUUUUAAAGCCACCAGAUAGGAGUAUUUCAUCUUUUUGUUUUAAAAUAAAAAACUCCCUUCCAUGCUAUCUCCUUCUGUCCAGUCCUCCAAAAUCCUUCUACCGCACGUGCAGCUAAUGGCUGUUAUUAGUUUCUUCUGUAUCCUUCUAGUGUUCUUUUGCAUAUGUAAGAUAGGUUUUUAUCCUUGUUUUUACAUAAAUGGUAGCAUACUAUACACAUUUCUCAGUGUCUGAGUUUUCCCAACAAUUUUUUCUGGGAGAUCUUUCCGUAUCAGUAUAAAAGCUGUCCUAGUUCUUUUUUAUACAGUUACAUAAUAUUCCAAUGUUCCUAUGUACCUUGAUUUAUCUGACUAGUACCCUAUUCUUGGACAUUUAUGUAAUUUCUAGUCUUUUGUUAUUAUAAGCAAUGCUAUAGUGAAUGACCUUCUAUAUAUUUUAUUUCAUGUGUAGGAGAGUACAAUUGUAGGAUAAAUUCCUAGAAGUGAAAUUACUGUGUCAAAGAGUAAAUGUAUUUGUAAUUUUGCAAUAUACUGCAAAAUUGGCCUCCAUAGGGGCUAUACCAUUUUUCACUCCCAUUAGCAAUGCAUAAGGGUGCUUAUUUCUUGCAGCCUCACUAAUAGGAUAUGUUAAGAAACUUUUGGAUUUUUGCCAGUCUGAUAAGUGAGCAACUACUCAGGGUAGUUUUUGUUUAUGUUUUCAAGUUGAAGUAUAACACAUAUAGUCUACUAAAGUGCACAAAUCUUAAGGGUUCAGACUGAUGAAUUUUUACAUAUGCAUAUACUUAAGAAAACACCACCCAGAGCAAGAUAGAGAACAUUUCCAGCACCCUGGAAGACUAGCUGAUGCUCCAUCUCAAUCUGUAACCCACCCCCAGAGAUAACCGUUCUUCUGACUUCUAUCUACAAAGAUGCCUGUGUUCAAACUUCAUAUAAAUGGUGUUUGGCUUCUUUUGUUCAACACAUUGUGUCUAUAAGAAUCAUUUACGUUGUGUAUAGCAGUAAUGUUUUAAUGCUCAGUAAUAUUCUACUGUGUAAAUAUACUGCAACUUAUUUAUCCAUUUAACUGUUGAACAUUUGGGUUGUUCCAAUUUGGGGAUGCUCUGUACAUUCUUAUACAUGCCUUUUGGUAGACAUAUACAUUUAUUUCUCUUGGAUCCAUGAUUAAGACUAGGAAUUCUAGUUCAUGUUUAGUAUUAGUAAAUACUCUGCAACAGUUUUUAAAGUAGUGGCACCAAUUUACACCCCCAGCAGCAAAGAGAGUUCCAUUUGUGCUAUAUUCUGGCCAGAUAUUUUCAAUCUUAAAGAUUUAGGCAAUUCUGAUGAGUAUGGAGUAUGUAAUAUCACUGAGUUUAAUUUGCAUUUCUCUCAUAACUAAUGAUAUGGAGUACCUUUUUAUAUGCUUAUAGGCCAUUUGGAUGGCUUCUUUUGUCAAAUCCAAAGACUUAAGUCUGAAGACUUUAAGUCUUUGCCCAUCAUUUUAAGUUGGGUUUGUCUAUAUUUUUCUUAGUGAUUUAUAGGCAUCCUUUGUAUCUUGUGGAUUCCAGUCCUUUGUUGGGUAUGUGUUUUGCAAGCAUCUUCUCCAACCCAGUGGCUUAUUCUUUUACUCUCUUAAUUGUGUCUUUUGAUGAAUUUUUUUUAAAAUGAAGUCCAGUUUAUUGACUGUUUCUUUAAUGGUUUGAGGUAUUUGAGCCCUAUUUAAGACAUUUUUACCCAUUCCAAGAUCAUGAAAGUAUUCUUUUAUGAUUUCUUUGUGAAGCUUUAUUAUUUUGCCUUUCAUAUUUAGGCCUAAAAUCCAUCUCAAAUUCAUUUUUUUAAACAUUUACCAUUGAAUUGUGAAGGCACCUUUGUUAUAAAUCAAGAGGCUGCAUUUAUGUGCGAAUGUGCUUUUAGGUUCUCUCUUUUUCAUUAGUUUUUCUGUUUGUAUACUAGUACACACCAGCUUGAUUGUUGUAGCUUUAUAAUAAAUCUUGAUAAAUGGAAUUAUAAGCCUUCUUACUUUGUUUUUUUUUAAAGAUUAUUGUGGCCUUUUUAAUCUAUCUAAUUUUAGUCAUAAAUGAAGGUUGAGCAUCUUUUUAUAUGUUCAAAAACCAUUUGUAUUUUUUCUUUUAUGAAGAGUUUUUCACACCCAUAUUAGUUUUUUGUUGUGGCUAUAACAAAUUAUCAUAAAUUAAAUGGCUUAAAACAACACAAAUGUAUUAUCUUCGAGUUUGAGGUCAGAAAUCUAAGGUGGGUCUCACUUGGCUAAAAUCAAGCUGUCAGCAGCCUUCAUUCUUUUCUGGAGGUUCCAGAGAGAAUUCAUAUUCUUACCUUUUCUAGCUUCGAAAGGCUACCUAUGCUCCUUGACUUGUGACACCUUCCAUCUUCAAAGCCAGCCAUGGCUUUUCAAGUUUUUCUCCUACUGCAUCACUCUGGCACUGACUUUUCUGUUCACUUUUCUACAUUUAAGGACCCUUCUGAUUACAUUGGCCCUGCCUGGAUAAUCUAGCAUAAUCUCCCUG